AGUCUCUCGUUGGACGGUACGCGCACGUACGCCUACGUUUUAUCGUCAAUCAAAGUCCUCUAAAACAAAUACCUAUGUUGUUUACGUUUAUAUUCGUAUAGAACAUUAAUUAAAUAAAAUUUAGUCUUCUGUUGCCGCUUGCCAGUACAGGUCGCGUCGCACACGGCACUACAGCUGCUGCAGUUCAGUCCAACAGCAUAGACUAAGCUUACAAAAUGUUCAAGCCGAUUAUAUUCGUGCUCGCGGGCUUUUUAAUCUUCAGUUUCGGACGCGGUGACAAUGAGAUCCGCGUCGACAUGGAUCCGUUGUCGGACGAGUUCAUCGAUCACAUAAAUUCGAUACAAUAUUAUUGGAGCGCCGGUCGUAAUUUCCACAAGAACACGCCGCUUUCUUAUUUCAAAGGAUUGAUGGGCGUGCACGAGAUGAACAAAGAUUACCCCAGAUUGGAACAACUGUUGUCUUACAGUGAAAAAUCGAACGAUCUGCCGGAGACUUUUGACGCCAGAGAACAUUGGCCGAAUUGCCCUACCAUUAGAGAAGUCAGGGACCAAGGUUCAUGCGGGUCUUGUUGGGCCUUUGGAGCUGUAGAGGCUAUGUCUGACCGUGUCUGCAUUCAUUCUAAUGGCACUAAAAAUUUCCAUUUUUCGGCGGAGAAUUUAGUAUCUUGUUGCUGGUCUUGCGGUUUUGGAUGCAAUGGAGGCUUCCCCGGAGCAGCAUGGCACUAUUGGAAAACUAAAGGCAUUGUUAGCGGAGGCCCGUAUGGAUCUAAAUUGGGAUGUAUUCCAUAUGAAAUUGCUCCAUGUGAACAUCAUGUGAAUGGUACUCGAGGACCAUGUAAGGAAGGAGGUAAAACUCCUAAAUGUGAAAAAAAAUGUGAAGAUGGAUAUAAGGUGCCAUAUGAAAAAGAUUUGCACCGUGGUAAAAAUGCAUACUCGAUUAGCAAUGAUGUCGACCAAAUCAGACAAGAAAUUUAUAAAAAUGGUCCAGUUGAAGGUGCAUUUACUGUAUAUGAAGAUUUUAUAGCUUACAGAGCUGGAGUAUAUAAACAUGUUGCUGGUAAGGCUCUUGGAGGUCAUGCAAUUAGAAUCCUUGGUUGGGGUGUUCAGAAUGGUGAAAUACCAUACUGGUUGGUAGCUAAUUCAUGGAACACCGAUUGGGGUAGUGAUGGCUUUUUCAAAAUAUUGAGAGGAAGUGACGAGUGUGGUAUUGAAGGACAAAUUAAUGCUGGUUUACCAGCUUAAUUUGCAUUCUUUUCAGAUUAAACAUUUAUCAACCACAAACUUUAAUACUUUAUAAUUUACUACGAAUAAAAUCAUUAUUAUUUUUUUUUUUUUU